GGGGAGGUGGAGGGCAGCAGACGGCGCUUUUAGUUAAACGUCUUUUCUUAGGCAUUAGUUUGUGUGUGUGUGCCUGUGAUUCUCCUGCUGGAGUUUAAUGUAAUUAUGGGAUUACAGUCCUGCGCCUCUAAAGCCGGUGAUAUUUACUACACUGCUGCUCCGGUUCACGAGACCGAUAUAGUCUUAAAUUCAAGGAAUCACAGAAAUAUGAAUUAACUGGAGGUUUCUUAAUCGGAACGUGUUAGAAAGAAGGUUGCUGCUUCGCUUUUGCGAGGAUUGAAGGGAUUAUCUGGACUGGUGAUGCAUCUUUUUGUGGUUCAACUAAUGGAAAGAUGAACGUCGAGCGCGUGGAAACGAGGAAAACUUUAUUCAGUUGAAUCAGGAAUUCAGCCAGACCACACAAUCUGAAGCAAUAAGGAUUCCUGGAUGUCAUUGGAUAAAACUGCAUUUCGGCAAAAUUUCUGAUUAGUAAAAUAGCACAGUUUCAGCAGGUACUCUGUGGUCAUGUCUCUCUCUGCUUUACCGGAAUGGAAACAGCUGCUACUGGAGCGAAAGCGAAGAGAGGAGGAGGAGAGAGAGAGACAGGAGAGGGAAGAAGAGGAGCGGCUGGCCAGCAUGCCGGCUUGGAAGCGAGGGAUCAUCCAGAGAAGGAGGGCAAAGCAGGAUGAGGAAAGAGAGAGGGAGAAAGAGAGAGAUGGAGGACAGCAAACUCCAGAUAUAUUGGGUAUUACUGAGGAGAUUAUCACGGAGCAGGUGGAGCGUAAAUUCACACUUCACCUCCAGAAUGAUCAAACUGGGUAUAAAGUGCAUAAACAGAUAUCCAAAGAAACCAUCAGCCCCAUCCAACAGAACCCCUUCAUUCGUUCUGAGAACAGCUUUAGGAGAGAUAACAGAGGGAAGGUGGUGAAUAAAGAUGGAGAAAAUGAAUAUAAAAAGUCUGCCAAUAAUAGAAGGAGAGAAAGAAAUGAGGAAACGGAGAAGGAGAUUUGGAGAGGACGUGAUGUAGAGAUGUGGGUCGAGAAGAUGGGACAUAAAAGUGAGGAAAGAGAGCGAGACAGAAGCAUUGGGGGAGAAAGCAGUGAGGCAGAGAGUAGUACAUCCCUGUUUUCUUCAGUCGUAGGUCUUCGCACCAUCCAGGCAAACAAUAUUAUCAUUAUUGAGAAAGACAAAAAAGGUAAGCAAAAACUGGAUAAGAGAGAAAACGAGGCUGAGGAGGAACAGAAAAGGAUGAGGAUGGAUUUGAGGGAGUUUCUUGCUGGUGGAGGGAGCGUGACGGAAAUUACGGCCUCUGAAGUAUUAAUCAUCAAACCUCCCAUUACGGACGGGAGAAGGGAAACAGAGACAAUAGGGAUCCCAGAGAGAGGGAGCGAGCAUUUAGAGAAAGAGGGGAUAUGGUCCUCUAUGCGAAUGACGUCGAGGACAGUCAUGCAAAAAGCAGAGAGAGUCCUGAACCACAGGACUCUAGAGUGUAGUGGUCGGGUCAGUCAGCUGCUUAGUAGGUUCGGUGAACACCCAAAACCUCCAACGCGCUCCAAGAGCAUUGAGUGCUUCAACCAAACAGGCAAAAACCAGGCCAGAUACAGCACAGGAGACCCGUUUGUGCAGGAGGACCAGAGUACUGAAGAAAUGGACACAAGUCCGACAUUCAGGGGACUUCCCAAACGCUCCUUUAGCUUUUCUGACCGUGUGGUUUGCCAACAGGAGACUAGAGAUUGUGAGGAAAAGACAGAUUUUAAGAAGGUGGAGAGGUCGUAUUCUGAACGCAGGGUCAAAACCAGGGUCACCGACCAAUCAGGAAGUGAACCAAAGGUCACCAGGCGAUGGGGACGACCCAAACCUGAUGAAGUGAUUCAUGAAAAGAGACAAAAAGAAAGAAGGGUUGAAAAUAAGAGGAACGACUCUGUUCAUGGAGAGACAGAGGAAUGGAUGUCUAGUGUAGAUGGAGAAGGCUUCACUUUGGCCUCUGUCAAAAUGCCUGAUGAAGUUGUGUUUGCACAACGAGUCCCUAUCAAACAUGAUGGGAGAGAAAGCAGCUCAGAACGAAAGAUUAAGAAAGUGAGAGAGGAGAAUGAGAGAGAGAUAAUUAUAGAUAAAGAGAUACACAGAGAUAAGAGCCAAGUGGAGAGAGAGACGACGGUAAGACAGAGACCCAUAGAAUUCCAAACCAAAGCCACACAAGAAUCUGAAGAGAGAUGUAAUAUGGAUGAAAUAACCGUUGCAGUUUUGAAACAACCCCAUGGCAUAUAUAUCCCAAUCUUGGAUGACAGUAUUAUAGAUUUCCCUGCAGAAAUUCAGCACCAAUGUGUCAACACUCCCUCUGCGGACUCUAGUUGCCCAACUACAGCCUAUGUUGAACAAACGGUCCUUACCCAACACACAGAAGAUCUAGUCUGUGAAAUAGUAAAAGUCCAAUCAGACAGAGAACUCAAGAGGGCAGGGUGUGAGUUUUCACAUGGAGACAUGGAAAGUCCAUCUGAUGAAAUGGGUAACCAGGAUCAAAAAGAGCAUCGACAGUAUCAAAGCUUUCCAAAACAAGCAACUGAGGAAAAACAUUUUACCUCAGAACCCCAACAACAAACUGUUACACUGAACCAAAGCAAACUCUGCACACAAGAGAGAAUUACCAUUCCCAGGACUGUAUUUUAUGGAGUCGAUAUAUCAGCAGAAAGAAGGAGGGCAAGUCACCCUGCUGGGGAUAAACAAGAUGGAGGACAAGUGGAGAGGAGAGGGAGCUGGAAGGCUGUGCGACCUCUGACCCGAGUGGAGUCUCUGAGAGAGAGAAUUCGCCAGCAAGAGAAGGAAAGACGAGAUGAUGACAAAGAAGAGGGCAGCAGAGAAGCAGUGGGAACUUCGAGACAACAGGAAGAAACCACAUUACAGACUCUCAGACUGUUUGACGUCACACAGGACGUUAACAUGACAAAGGCAAGCCCUCAGCUUCCUGUUCCUGUUUCUCUGUCACUCUUGCAGUCAGCUUCGACAGAAAGAGAAGUUGGGGAGCUCUCAAGAGAUGUAUCAGAGAGCAAUAUCUGCCCGAGGGAAGCAGAGAGGAAUGUAGAGGAGCGAGGGACGUGCAUCGCUUGGAAAUCACAGGAGUUUAACAAAAGAGAAGAGGAAAGAGAGGAAGAGUCGUUAGAGGAAGGGUACCUUCCUCCCUCUCUUUCUCCCUCCCCUCCACUUUCAGACUCAUUGGACGCCAUGAGCCGGAUCUAUAACCUAAAGACUGUGGGGUCUAGGACUGUGUUUAUCAGCGAAAGGAAAGCUGAUAUGCCCUCACACAGCGGAGCUCAGGGUAUGUACAACCCCAUCAGACAAUCACCGUCACCAGACAUCUUGCCAGAAACUGCUAAGCUGUGGAAUCAUGGAAGGGAUAGUCACAAAAACGAGAUGAUGGCGUCGACAGGUGCUCAGAUGGUACAGCGGCAGGUGGAACGAUUACAGCUGAGACAACAGGAAGCAGGAUGUGGUACCAACAACGACAAAAAGGCACAGCCAACCAUGGAGAGCUGUCCGCUUGUAGAACCAGAAAUUAGGGUAGCUGAAGGCCAGAAGAAACCAGACAUACUAAGAGAGACGCAGAAAUCCCAAACAUCUACAAGUCCCAGAUUUCCACAAGCCCAACAGAAAGUCCAAAGCCAACCCCCUAAACCCCAGCAAGUCAGGUCAUUCACAGUCAACGCCCGGAACACCGAAUCAGCAGAAAACUCUCAGAAACCUCCAGAACAAAACUCUCAAUCGUCAUCCUCUCCAUGCACCGCAUCCCCCUCUUCUUCUCCAUCUCCACCUCUCUUCUCCAUUAGGAGUGCCUCAGGUGGACCAGGUAAGAGAGGAACGACCAUCACAAUCACCCCUAGAAGACCUGCGGGGGCAGCCUUGUCUGGUGACAUCCCAACAGUCACCCCUGCAGUGCCCAAAGCAGCCCCCCAAGGCCAUAUAACCACCCCUGCUCCCAACAGCACCAAGGAGCCAGGCAAGAAACGGUAUCCCAAAGCAGAAGAGAUUGAGGUGAUUGGAGGCUACCAGAACCUUGAACGGUCAUGCUUGGUGAAAAGCAAAGGGACACCGAAAGCGGUGAAGGUGUGUUUCGACGAGGCUGAGCUGGAGAGAGUGUGUGAGUAUCCUUCAGAAGACUGUGCGCUAGCAUCGCUCCCUUCCUCUCCUCACGACGAGCAGGACGCCGAGGGACCGGAGGAGGACGAGGACGAGGAGAGCGCGGCGCUUGUCUCUCGCAGCGGUGUGAAUGAGAGCGCAGGAAGGGCUCGGUUCCUCAAAGUGGAUGAAUCCUGUAAACGACUUUCCAAAUGACAAACCAUGGCAUCCUUUAAAUUUGUAAUCCUUUAAAUGUGCAGGUGUAAGUAAUGAAGUUUUUAUAAAAAUGCUUUUAAAUGUGUUUUUUUUUUUUUGUUUUACUUGUCCGAACAGAGAAUCAAAGAUUCUUUACAAGCACAAUAUUUUUAGAAUUUUUUUUCAUGAAAUUAUUUUGAGAGCAUUUCUGUUUCAUGUUCAGAGAUUUUAAAAAAAAAAAUAAUAAUAAUCAUUUUAAUUUUACUCUGUGCUGCUCUGAUUCACAGAAACAUGUCCUCAGGUCUGAUAAGAUGGUUUGCACAAUUUAACAUGUUUUACAAUAAAAAAAAAAUAUCUUUAUGAUCUGAAUGCUUUAUUUUAAAAUGCUUGUGUUAAGAAAUAACUGGAAUAGACUUCAAUGAUAUAAUUUACAUCAUUUAAGGGGAUUAUUUUUAUUCAUGAAUGAAAAUUAAAACCUCUUUAUCCAAGUGUCACGUUUAGAGUACACUCUCUUUUGUGAUGUAUGAUUAUGAUUAAUAAAGCUUAGAUUUAAUAUGUUUAUGGAACAGUGGAGUGAUAGGAUAGGUUUCAUCAUGUGAUUGUAAAAUAGGAUUUCUGACAUUGCAUAUAGAGUAUGAGUGAGUGAGAGAGCAUUGCGUGUAUUGCAGUGAGACACACUUGAGUUUUUGCAAUGUGAUCAAAUAAAAAACAAGUUUUGUAUAUGGUUUCUUCUUGAAUACCAGUCUGUCUAUUUUAACUUUACAACAAAAUGAGGAAUGUUAAUAAACAUUACAGACAAACACAGU